AUGAGUGUCGCAACAGAAGGUGUAGAAGAAAUGUUAUUUGAAGGGGCUCGGGGAACAAGGUUUUCCUCCAAAGUUACUCAGGUAUUUUUUGAUCAGGACCCGGAUCGGAGAAACGUGUUUAAUAGAGUUAAUCAUUGUAAGCGAUAUUGGGAUUUUAUUGAAUACAUUAAAAUCGCUGUACCCGGAACCACUCGUCGAAAUCCAAACCCUGCGCAAGCUUCAACUGCUGUAGUUCUACAAAACAACCGACCUAACCGACCUCCAUAUGGUAUUUACUGGGACGUAGCCGGAAAUCCACCAGUUUAUUUUACAUAUACCUGGAACAAUCAUUUACUCCUUGCGUGUGGUUGGGCAAUUGAUUUUAAUAUUGUACUCAAUGCAAUUCCUUAA